GUGCGUUCAGGGCGCCUCGUUUAGGAAAGAGUUCAUAGUCACACGUCACGCGUUUCGUUUAGACAGCGCAGCAGCUGUAAGAAUGAGUACGCGGGCCAGGCAUGGGUUAUGGACACUUCUUUACAUACUUGUACUUAUUGAUACAGAAUCAGCGGUGGCAGCGCCAGAGGCAGGGUUUUGGAAAACCACCGCUUUAAGUACCUCAAGACCGCUACUGUUAAGGAAAUCCAUGUACAAAGACACCAGCAUUGAGUUGAAAGUUGUGUCAUUUGGCUGUCCUGAGGAGGUAACUUUCACUAUUCAUUGGUAUCUGAAGUACUACCCCUGUCACAACAAUUUCAAUAAUAUUGAAGAAAUGUAUGAUCGAACGCCACUGAGUCGCGGGCUGAGCCUGGAUCCAAAUCCCAGUGUGCAAGGAGAGUACAUUGAGCACAAACACAAGCCAAUAACAUGCAACAGUGACCUGCGCUCCUUUCCAAUGCUAAAAAAAGCUAAGGCGGGGCCACUUCCUGUGAGUCCACCAGUUGAGGGACAAGUGUUGGAUGCGAGUGAAAUCAGAUGGCUUACCGAGGAGUAUGACAGCAACACAAAGACAAACAGCAGCGCAAAUGUCAAAGACAAUGUCGUAACUUCCACUUGGAAAGAUGGGCCUUACCUACUGGUGGUGAAGAUUGAGCCCAGUAAACAAGAUGCUAACUGGAAUUUAACCGUGACUGUUGUGAUGAAAGGAAGCCAUGGCUACAUAUCUGUCACAGAAUACCCUCUCAUGAUUUUCUACAUGAUCAUGUGUGUGGUCUACAUCCUGUUUGCCCUGCUUUGGUUCAUGUGGGCCGCCUGCUACUGGAAAGACCUACUGAGAAUCCAGUUCUGGAUCGCAGGGGUCAUAUUCCUGGGAAUGGUGGAGAAGGCGGUCUUCUGCGCUGAAUAUGAAAACACCAACACUGUUGGCUCUGCUUCUCCAGGCCUGCUGAUCUUUGCCGAGCUGGUCUCUGCUCUCAAGAGAACUUUAGCCCGAUUGCUUGUCAUCAUUGUCAGCCUUGGCUAUGGCAUUGUUAAGCCUCGAUUGGGAACAGUAAUGCACCGAGUUGUUGGUCUUGGAAUUCUGUACUUUGUCUUUGCUGCCAUCGAAGGCGUGCUGAGAAUAACCGGGGCAAAAGACUCUGACUUGGCCCUACUGGCCAACAUUCCCCUGGCACUGCUUGACUCCUCUCUAUGCUGGUGGAUAUUUGUCAGCCUGGCUCAAACUAUCAAGACUCUUAAACUGAGGAGAAACCCAGUCAAGUUGUCCCUCUACAGGCACUUCACAAACACGCUCAUAUUUGCUGUCAUUGCUUCCAUUAUUUUCAUGGGAUGGACAGCAAAGAAAUUCCGACUAGCAGAUUGCCUCUCGGAUUGGAUUGAGCUGUGGGUGGAAGAUGCUUUCUGGAGGUUUUUGUUCUCCGUCAUUCUGCUUGUCAUAAUGUUUCUAUGGAGACCAUCUGCAAACAACCAAAGGUACGCCUUCACACCUCUUAUGGAUGACUCAGAUGAUGAGGAAAUUGAGGAAUUUAUCGCCUCUUCAAAUGGUGCUGAUGGGGUUAAACUGAGAGCUGCUAAGAGUGACACCAAUGGUGCUGUGAAAUCUUCAGAAACAAACGCAGAAGAAGACCUAAAGUGGGUUGAGGAUAACAUUCCCACUUCUCUCGCUGAUGUAGCUCUUCCAAUCCUUCUUGACUCCGACGAGGAAAUCAUGACGACCAAGUAUGAGAUGUCCAAGCUGGAGUGAGGGGACACCUUACUAUUUAAAGCAUUCCGCAAAGGUAGUGGAGAACAAAAAAUAGGCGGAUGCUCGUGACCCUGCUGUCGAAAUCAAAUGUGCAGAAAUAGGUGUUAUUGCUGGUGGCGGGCCAUGGCAGAGCUCUAGGGGGAGCCUGUGCUCAUUUCCUUCAACUUCCACCAUCAAAAACAGCUGAGGAAGAAUCAGUUUAAGCCUUCUUUUCCAAAGAGAUGAACUACUUUUAUAUUAAGUGCUGUAUUUAUUUCCGUUAUGUUGAUAUGGUGUUUUUUUUUUUUUAUUGCAAGUAAUAACAGAGGGCCUCAUGCAUGAACAUACACUGUCUUGGUGAGACUUUCAAAUCAGACGCUUAUAUAUAAAGGUGGGGCGAAUUCAAAAGCUUUUGUAAACACCAGAACUUAUUUAUUCAACUUUUGCAUUACAUUUACAAAGUGGGAUUUAGGAAAUAAUAUAUAAAAUAUAAGUGUGAAGACGCUGACAUGAACUUUGGAAAAGAACAUUUUGCUUCUAUGCAUUUUGGCCAUCAAAACUGUGCCUACUUGUGUGAGGCCUGAUGUGAUAUUCCAAAAGUCACAAUACUGGUGUGUGUGUGUGUGAGCGUGAACAUGAUCAACUAUCAUUAGUACAAUUUAAAACAUGUUUAGUAUAGUGUAACCUUGAGGGGGUCCUGGUGUGUGUCUUUGGAAAUAAGCAGCAAUACUGUGCGUUAAUAAGGAAUUGUGUAUUUAUUUGUUUAAAGUGUACUUAUGUCUGCCCAUGUUUACUAUUGUUGUGUUUACAUUAAUGUAUACUUGAGAGCUGGACCAAUCUCAUACUGUACUGGGAAAAACGGCAAUGUGUUCUUCUUUAUUGACCAAGUUUGCUUUGCUCACAGCACUCUUGGAUGUUGUCGUCAUUGUGGAGUUGGACGCUGUUGACGUGUGUGAUGAUUUCAGUGGUUAGCACAAACACCCCAAGAGGGUUAAAAUGUUUCAUGAUUGUUUCCAUGUCAAGGGUUGUAGGAAGCAUGGGAUAUGAUGUGUUUAUCAUGGCGAGUGGCCGACUUUGUUUAACGUCAUAAUUCAGGAGGUGUGUGGGGUUACACGUGUCAUUUUUUUUUUCAUGCACAUUUUUCUCAAUGAUUCAAAUGAGAUUAUAUGCAGGAGUAUGUUUGUUUCCUGGGCUGUAAAUUGCUCCAUUACGGCAAUAAAAUGAAGUUUUUUUUUACAAA